UCGUAACCGGAAGUAAGCGCGGACUGGGAAGUUGAAAAUGGAAGCUGCCGUGUUUAUCUUGUCGCUUGUCGACUGCUGCGCCUUGAUUUUCUUGUCUGUGUAUUUUAUAAUCACUCUAUCUGAUCUUGAAUGCGACUACAUUAAUGCCCGAGCUUGCUGUUCCAAGCUGAACAAAUGGGUCAUCCCGGAACUAAUCGGCCAAGCUCUGGCCACGUUGCUAAUGCUAGUCUCCAUGCACUGGUUUAUUUUCCUCCUCAAUGUUCCUGUGGCAGCGUGGAAUGUUUACAGAUAUCUGAAAGUUCCUAUGGGUAACAUGGGAGUGUUUGACCCAACAGAGAUCCACAACAGGGGACAGUUAAAGUCACAUAUGAAGGAGUCCAUGAUCAAAUUAGGUUUUCAUUUACUCUGCUUUUUCAUCUACUUGUACAGCAUGAUCCUGGCACUGAUCAAUGAUUGAUGCUGCAGAGUCGCAAGAACUUCAACUGCCAAACCAUAAACUGUCCAAUUCGAGCUGUGAAUACAAUCAUUACUUACAGCUAAAGCCAAUCAGAAAAAAGGAGAAAAAAAAAACA